UUUUCAUCUUCUCCGGUGCUUUGUUCCUAUUUCGUUCCAGCCAUAGAACUUGACAUCAGUUCCAAGACCGUUCGCGUUGAAUGAGGAUACAAGUGUCCUGUUCUCGAGCAUUAAAAUUGAAAAGAGGCGUCGAGUGUAGGUCAUUCAGUCGCGUCAAUAAAAUUAAUCUCAAGAGCGUACUUCAAUAGUACAAGUGACGGAUCCAGUGAUUGUAAUUGGCAGUAUUCACGCUCGAAUGUUCACGAGUUUCGCAUGAAAAUGCGUUAGGAAUCCAGACAGGUUGUACAUAAACUAGAAAACUAUAAAAGUGAGCCGAAAAGGAUUCAGUAGUUACGCCCCUGGGCUUACGCCUCCUUGCUACAAGUACAUUGUACCGUAACCCAACUUAACCUGACUCCAGCGAUUGCAGUCGGCGACCCAGCCUAUCGGACGCUAGGGAAGCACAACCGUGGCGGAUAUUAUACCAUCGAGGCGCAGGACAGCGCCAAGUGUGGCCGAGUAGCAAGCAGCGAGAACCUCGGCGGCGUAGUCGUACUCGGAAUCGUAAUAGUCGACACUCGAGGCUCGCGAGAGCAGCCAAUCGAGACUCGACCAGUCGCGUUUGCUCGGCGUAGAAUUUCGAGCUCCAGACUUUUCGUUUCUGGAAGUCUCAGAGACCUUCGAGCUCUUGGUUCCUGACACUUUGCUCUCAGUCGGUCGCCGUUACGCAUUGGACGCGUAUCCCUCUUUGGUGGCCUACGACCGGGCUUCCUCGCUAUGUGACGGAUAUCGUGGGGCACGCCAGUGUACCCUCGGGAAAGGACGCAGAAAGGCACAAGGGGCCCACCAGGUCCCAGUAAACCCGUGCAGGGAAGAGAAUGGAGUGCCCGCACCUUGCCCAAGGCGUCCGUCUCGACGCCGACGACGUUGAGGCAACUUAUACAAAGGAUCUACCGUUCGUCUGCGCAGCCCUUUCCUACAAGCCAGGCUGCUCCUCUCCUGGCCUUGGUACGUCGUCGUCGCCGCCAACACGAUCUGACUUUUCCCGGAAAAGCAUUACGCCGGCACUGCCUACGCUACCUACGUACACGGACAUUCAACCGAGAGAUCGGAGAAAAUUUCAAGCACAUUUCACCUUAUCCUAUUAUCAAUAGGAAUAUGCGUCUUGUGUACUCGUGUGUGUCCUCCGUGUGUGCAUAUUAAUGUGUGCGUGUGUGCGCGUGCGUGGCCACACUGGUCCUGCAAAGAGUGGACCCCCUCCCCCGUCAUAUGCGGCACGGAGAAGAGUACUUGGCUGUGCCUUCACUGUGGAGCCGUGCACUGCGGCAGGUACGUGGCAGGUCAUGCGAUGCAGCAUCAUGAAAAAAAUACUCAGCACUGCGUGUGCAUAGACUGUGAAAAUCUGGCGGUAUUUUGUUACUCCUGCGACGAGUACGUGGUGAACGACACAACGAGUGGUCAGAUUGAGAAGAUCCGACGCAGUGCCUUCCAAAAGGGCGAGCACAAAGAGAACGAUGAGAAUUGGAACUCCUCGCCGAGAGAGAGCGAGAAUGACCCGGACGCUCUGUGGAAGGGCGAGGUGGUCGUACGUAAUUUAAGGCCCAGGACGCGAAAGCGCUCCCACUCGUUGGACGGCUCAAGCGCAGAGAACAGGCCGGUGGCUAAAAGAAAAAGCUCGAAAAUAACCAAAGAGAAGAAGGUCGUGGGCCUGAGAAAUUUAGGGAACACAUGCUUUAUGAACGUAGUAUUACAGUCUUUCAAUAACAUUAGCCACUUCUGCGAGUACUUGACGCAGAUGCCGAGUCUGGAGGGUAUCGCGUUCGACGAGCCUCCGACGCACAGGGGCCGCAUCGUGGCUUCAGGUAGGGCCAAGGAGCUCAGCGACGCUUUGCUGGCCGAGGAGCUUCGCAAAGUGCUUCUGGGCUUGAGUCUUGGGGGCUCGAACGGUCAGGCCAUCUCGCCGGAGUGCCUCUUCCUGGUCAUCUGGAAGGUGGUGCCACGAUUUCGUGGUUACCAGCAACAGGACGCUCACGAGUUCCUCACCUACAUGCUCGACAGACUCCACACCGAACUCCUUCAACUGCUACCCAGGCUAGGACACGAGCCCCUGGGUCUUCGGGGAAAGCAGAGUAUAGUCACUGCCGUUUUCGGAGGCACUCUACUCAGUGUGGUGCACUGUAUGAACUGCCGUACGGACUCGAAGACCCACGAGCCCUUCCAGGAUCUCUCCCUGGACAUUCCCGAGAGACUGCAGAGACGUACCAAGGAGCAGGAGGAAGUCUGCAGCCUUACCUACAGCCUCACGAGAUUCUUCAAGGUCGAGGAACUGGCGGACAGCGAACUCUACUUCUGUGACAACUGCAUGGGGAAGCAACGUUCUACCAAGAGGUUCUGGAUACACAGGCUGCCUAAUGUGUUAUGCCUUCACAUCAAACGAUUUAGAUGGUGCAAUUCCUAUCGCCUGAAGGUCGACACCCAGGUGGAUUUUCCUAUGGAGUCCCUAGACAUGUCCGCGUAUACGGUACGCGGGGUCACUGGGACGAAGCUAGGAGCUCAAAACAGUCACCUUUACGAUCUAGCCGCUGUCAUAGUUCAUCAUGGCUCCGGGGCCGGAACCGGACACUACACUGCCUUUGCUGUUCACGACGGCCAAUGGUUCCACUUCAACGACAGUUCCGUGCGACCUGCGAGUACCGAAUCGGUCGCAAAGUGCAAGCCUUACAUUCUCUUUUAUGUACGAAAGGAGUUUUCCAUUCCACCCCCGUUGUGAUGUCACUUUCUGAGAUCCCGUCCAAUAACGACACGAAGUAGCACUACCCGGGUUCGAUCUAGGAGUCAGCGGGGAUCCCGAACUGGGUCCGUUAUCGUACGGCCGAAACGAGAGUAAUUGCUGGUGUAAAAGCGAGUUGCAUUAACGCAUGGCCGAGCACUGACCUCGACUAUCCCCGAGGGGCCGAGUACCAUCGGUUUUUCACGUUUGAAUUUUCCCGCUUCGUGUACCUCACCGUCCUGUCGUUAGCGGCGAGUCGAUUGGUCACUGCUCGCGCACGGAAUCCUUCUGCCAAUUUAAACCGAUCUGAGCAGAUUUUUUUUUAGUUAGACGAACGCGAUUCAGGUUCUGUUCACUCAUCGAUUGACUGGUUCAAAAUGCUUUUUUUUUGGUUUUUCCUUUUUAUUCUCCAUUAUCAUCUCUCUCGUCCGUUUCCGUACCGCUCCCAAUAUCUCAAUCUACGUACCUAGAUCAUCCAUAACUCAGUCGCUCACAGUUUCAACAGUCAUACUCAGCAGGAUUCAGUUUGAUGUAGUUAUCCAGUGAAAUUUACUAUUUUUCUAGUUGCCGAGGACUAAACAAAUACAGAAUUGCCGAUCGGACGUGCAAUGGUGAUUUAUAAUGUGAUACCAAGAUACGUAGACAUCGGGCUGGUGAAAUUGGUUGUUGGAAUUAUAUUAGUCGUGCGUGUAUUUAAGUAGCUAGUAAUCGUGUUUCGGAUAUCGACUUCGAUCACCUUCUUCUUUAAAGGUGCCCAGUCCACGUCCGUAAUACGGGUGAUGAACUGCCGAUUAUUGAGGAAAUCAAUUUAAUAGAAUUAAUCCGUUUUCUCAAUUUACGCGAUCGGUUGGGAUUCUUCGUUACGAGAUGGCAAUGUCUCGAGCAUGAAAUUCCAUGUUGAUCGUUUUCUAUUUGGGCAGCUUCCUCGUACGAUAGUUGAUCCUAUAGAUCUUGAUGUACACGAGUGAUUCGAUAGAAUAUAACGAUAGACGGAAAAUUGAGCGGAAAUGAACGACUAAGAGAAUCGUAAAUGGCGGCAGUUUUACAUUGAUGUAAAAUUUCACGCUUCUCGUUUAUACGGAUGCUGCAGUGAUGUCCUUUUAAAAAAAAGAAAAGAAAAAGGAAUUAAGGGAAAUUAUCGAUUUCCCUAUGCUAGACCCAUUCCCGAUUUCCGGAACACUCGACGACUCUUAUGUGAUUAUUUAAAGACUUAUUUUUUCUAUAAUAUUAAUGGUAAUGAUGAUGGUGAGGAUGAUUAUAAUGAUAAUGAUCACGAUGAUGAUUAUAAUAAUUAUUAUAAUUACAGAGUAAUAAUAAGUUAAUACGUAGCGAUGGAACGUUUUAUUAAGGUGAUAACACGAUAAGCGACAAACUUAAUGGAAGGAUUCUCACUCGUACGACAAAAAAAUGUUGAUACGAACAGAGAUCAGGGCGACGGAAUUAUUUGGAGAAAUUCAGAUGUACGAAACGACGAACGAAUAAAGUACUUGAACGAUCUA